UCAUGACUCUCCCUUGUACUAGAAUGUGGGAGGAAUCUGUCUGUGCUUAUACGGCGGGGAGUUUUACAAGCUGCUUGACUCACAAACCUGGAAGUUAUUACACAUAUGUAUACCUCCCAACUUCAAGAUAAGGAAGUCCGUGUUUUGAAAACUCCCACUGCCGUCAGCGAGCAGCCUCCCCCAGCAGCCCGGCCGGAGCCGGAUGGCUGCGGCCGCAGCGGGAAGUGCAGCUGUGCACAGCCUGGGACUCGCCUGUGCAGCUGCCCAGUGACGCUGGCGCUCACCCGGAGCCAUGAGGCAGCUCAGCCCCGCUGCUCCAGCCCCGCUGCUCUGCGCCCUCGCUGUGCUGCUCAGAACGGCUCUGUCAGUGGACCAUGUGCCGAUGCUGCUUUGGUCAACUCAGAGAUCACAGUGGAAUCCAGAUGCCACCUUGCACGAAGGACACAUUGUCUCAGCACAGGAGCUGACUGUACUCUUGCAACCUGUUUUUACCCAGAAUUCCAGAAACCUCAUCUUGUUCCUGCAAGACACGCUUAGCAUAGACGAUUUCACAUACCUCAGUGAAUCCUACGGUAACAAGAAUCCAUUUCAAAAUAUUCAGGAAAUGCUUCAGUCUUCUCCUUCAUCUUUAGUUUUGCCAGCUGUUGACUGCAAGGCUAUCAGGUAUCUUCUGAGCUUUCUUCAAGAGUCAGGAGACUGGAAGUUAACACACACGACUAACCUCAACUUCUCUCAGCUGGAACUAGAUACAUCUAAACCAAACCUACUGGUGGUUCAGCUACGACCUCUUGUCAGUGGUUUAAAUGAGAUUUCCAUCCAGGAAGCAAUUGCUGAAAAUGACAAAAUAAUUGGAAGACUGACCAUGGAUUUGCAGGAACGAGGGAUUCAUUUUUCAGUAAUUUAUACAGCAGCGAGACCUUCAAGGAUUUCUAGAAGAACUGAUGUGGUGUGGGAAUUAAGACGACAAUUAAUGGCCACUGAGGACGAAGACAGUUUGUCAUAUCCUCCUCUGAACAUGACCACUGGAAAUGAAACUUGCAUCCUUUUUUAUGCUAGUAAUUUCAGUCUCACAGCCAAUGGUUCAGUUCCUAUAGAUUUGACAAAUGCAACAUUUGUAACCCGGAAUGUGGAUAUUUCUUCCUCUGAGUGCUCAGAUGCCAACACAACGCUGUCAUUAAAAUAUACAAAUCCAGUGAAUGGAAUCAGCAGCCUGGAGAUAAGGUUUUUAAUGACCAAGAAGUUCUAUACAGGCUCGGCUAGAUAUUGGUCCACUCUUGAUUCAGUUGAGAUUGUGCAAGAUGGAGAAAAGUUUGCUAAAUUUAAUGUUUCUGUCAUCUCUGCUCCUGCAGAGUAUUCAUUUCAUUGUCAGCUGGUGGGAACAGACAAUCUCUAUCCUGCAAGGCUGAUUCCAAACAACGACGAGGCACAAAAGUGGGAUGUUUUCAUUUCCAGGUUGCAAAUUCAAGGCUUCAACAUUGAAAACAACCAGUUUUCCUAUGCAAGUGACUGUACAGGCUUCUUCACUCCCGGAAUCUGGAUGGGCUUGGUGACAUCCAUAAUUUUAGUAUGGAUCCUAACCUAUGGAAUUCAUAUGAUCAUGCAGCUUACAACAAACAGCCGAUUUGAUGAUCCCAAAGGUCCAGCUCUGUCAGUUCCCCAGACAGAAUAGACACAGAUUGAUUUAAUGCUGCUAUGGCUUUUCUCGGUGUGAUAUUAAUGAUUUGUAUAACCUUUUACUUCACAGUAUGUAUAGAUAUCAUAGCAGAAAGAGGUAAUUAAACCACAUGUACAAAAGCCUUAUGCUUAGCAACAAUAAUAAUUCUACUUGUUAUUACCAUCAUUUGUUAAUAGGUAUCUGUGGUAAGGAUCUGAGGUGAGGCUGUAGAGGUUAUUACUCUGUCUGGCUGGGAAACUAGUACAAAAUGCCUUCAGAUUAACAGAUAUCGGCAAAGAAAAGAUGUUACAACAGAGAUAAAUAAGAAGGAUAAAUAACUUAUUUGAUAGGAAACUAUUUAUUGAAAUUACUGGUCUCUCUAAAAGCUCUUUAGUAAGUAUAUCAUGUUGAUGCUAUGUCUUAAGAAGGCUGGAUUGUGUCUUGUCAUUUUUCUCUUGAGGAAACCAUCCAGAAAAAUACAGAACUAAUAAAAUGUAAGUGACUAAAUAAAAGGUCUUGAAAAGUC